CUGAGCGCGCUCCCUUUCUCUCCCGUCUUUAAAUACUCCGAGGCGCUCACCGUUCUCCCACGUCUCUCUCUCUCCAUCCCCUCCUCCUCUCACCCCUCCUCCUUUCAAUCGAUCCAUGGCUUCCAUCUCCGCGACGGCUAUCUCCAUCCCCACGCGGCCGCGGCAUUCCCUGCAGGCAGUUAAUGGGAUUUUUGGUCUGAAAUCAGUUUCUAUUUCCAGCCUAAAGAGAAGCUUUCCAUCAAUCAGAUUGCAGCCAACCCCAAUGCACUUCCGGGUUUGUUGUGCUGCCAAACCAGAGACUGUGCAGAAGGUGUGUGGCAUCGUAAAGAAGCAAUUGGCACUUCCUGAAGACACCACAAUCACUGGAGAAUCUAAGUUCUCUGCACUCGGUGCUGAUUCACUUGAUACGGUUGAAAUUGUUAUGGGUCUGGAGGAGGCAUUUGACAUUGGUGUGGAAGAAGAGAGUGCCCAGAGCAUAUCCACAGUGCAGGAUGCUGCUGAUCUGAUUGAAAAGCUUGUGGCAGCAAAAUCUGGAUAAAUCGAACAAGAAUGCCUGGGAAAUGAAGUUCUUAUCCUAAUUAAGCACCCUUUAACUAUCUUAAUUUUUCCCUUUUUUCAUUACCAGCUUGUUGUUGUAUGUUAAAUGUCAGAAGACUGCACUCUCAGGGUUUUAUUUUUCUCUUUUUUCAGUUCCACCGUAUCCAGCCUGCUAUGGCAGGAAACUUUUCCCAGAUUGUCAAUUAAAUUAGGUUUUUAUCCAUGUUCUGGACAUUCUAAACAAAUUUGCCAUGCUCUAUUUUAAAAUUCAAUUUUGAAGCA